AUGCUACGAGAACCCAGAAUCCGGGCCACGCUGUCCGUUGACUGGAGCCUGGGAGCUGUAAUCGAGACCUGGAUCACAAGCAAAUUUGAAUUUACAAACGUCAAGUGCAAAUACCUUGAUCCAAGCUUUGUCGCCAUGGAAUAUUGCUUUAUAAAACCUAUAAAUCGAACUUACAAAUACGUCUCUGUAAGAGGAAAUAUAUUUCAAAGGAAUGUCACUAAAAUCAAGAUGAACUUUUCGAUUUCCAAACGAGUCAAUGGCUAUAGACCUUUUUUGUACAAUAUCACAGUUGAUUCUUGCCGUUUCCUCAGAAAUACCAGUUCCCAUCCUACCGCUGAGUUCUUUUACAAUAUUCUAAAAUCGCACUCCAAUUUAAAUCACACAUGUCCUUACGAUCAUGAUGUCAUCAUUGACAAGUUGCCAAUCGGAUAUAUAAAUCAUCAGUUAACGCAUGUUCUGCCGUUUCCCGAAGGCGAAUAUCUUGUGGAGACCUACUGGUUUGCUUAUGACAUUCGACGGGCCUAUGUGGGUUUCUAUGGUACUAUUUCUUAAAUUGUGAGCUUCAAGUUCGAUAAUGAAAAAUUU